UAUAUAAACUCCUUACUUCCUCAAACACAACCCAACUCAUACCUCUCUUUCUUCUGUACCUUUCUAGUAAACAAAAUCAAAUACCCAUUCUCUCCUCUUUCUCUCUCUUUCUCCCAGAACAAGAACAAUAACACAACUUUAAAAAGAAAAAAAAAAAAGUGAACAACAAUGGACGGAAGCUGCAUAGAUGAAAGUACAACAAGCGAUUCUAUAUCCAUCACUCCGACUUCAAAUAUCUCCCCUUCUUCAAACCCAUUACCAUCAAAAUCACCUGAAUCCCCACUUUGCCGUGUAGGAAGCGGUACAAGCGUUGUUCUUGACUCUGAAUCGGGAAUCGAAGCUGAGUCUCGUAAACUCCCUUCUUCUAAAUACAAAGGAGUCGUUCCACAACCUAACGGCCGCUGGGGUGCCCAGAUUUACGAGAAGCAUCAACGGGUUUGGCUUGGUACUUUCAAUGAAGAGGAUGAAGCAGCAAAAGCGUACGACAUCGCGGCACAGAGAUUCCGUGGCCGCGAUGCUAUCACUAACUUCAAGCCUCAAGCCACUGAUCACCAAUCAGAAGAAGACGAGAUCGAAACCGCUUUUCUGAACUCUCAUUCAAAGGCUGAAAUAGUUGACAUGCUUAGGAAACAUACGUACAAUGAUGAGUUAGAACAAAGCAAACGUAACUACACUAGCAAUAAUGGUCGAGGAGACAAGUUUCAAAACCGAACCAACAUGAAUAAUGUUGGUCUUUCUGGGUCGGAAAGAAUCAUCAUGAAAGCUCGAGAACAGCUAUUCGAGAAAGCGGUUACUCCAAGUGAUGUCGGAAAACUGAACCGGUUAGUUAUACCAAAACAACAUGCGGAAAAGCACUUCCCUUUGCAAAGUGGAAGCAAUAGUACAAAAGGGGUAUUGCUCAAUUUUGAAGAUAUUACAGGGAAAGUAUGGAGAUUCAGGUACUCGUAUUGGAACAGUAGCCAGAGCUACGUAUUGACAAAAGGGUGGAGCCGUUUCGUUAAAGAGAAGAACUUGAAAGCCGGUGACAUUGUUCGCUUCCUGAAGUCGACCGGGCCGGAUAAGCAGCUUUAUAUUGAUUGGAAAGUCAGGACAUUAACUCCUACUGUGUCGAAUCCGGUUGUCUGUUCGGUUCAACCGGUUCAGAUGGUCAGGUUAUUUGGAGUAAAUAUUUUUAAAGUACCUGGAGAUAGUCAUAUUGAAGGGUGUAAUGGGAAAAGAAUUAGGGAAAUGGAACUUCUAUCUUUAGAUUGUAUCAAGAAACAAAGGGUAAUUGGGGCUUUGUAACAUUUUGUAAUUUUGGGUUUCUGUAAUUUUUUUUCUUUUUGUUCUUUUUGGGGUAUUUUUGUAAGGGGAAAGAGGAAGAAGGAGAAGGGGGCUGGCAGGUGGUGUUAGAUGCAAGUUGCAAAAGGUGAAAUUGUAAAUUACAAGACAAAAAAGCUGAAGAAAGCUGUCAAUUUAAAAGGAAAAAAAAAAAAAGAAAUAGAUAACUGUUAAUCUGUUCUGUUCA